CCCUCCACGCCGGGGCUGGGCUGUGGGGGGAGGGAGGCGGUUAGUGGGCUUUAGCGCCUUUUCUGGCGGCGGUAGAUUUGAAGCGCUUUUAAGGACCCGUCCCGGGAAAAGGAAACCCCCGGUGCAGGAGCGAGACAAUUGGAUCAGUUGUCCUGUGGUGUUUUUUUGUUUUGAUUUUUUUUUUUUUAAUUUAAAGAUUGAACUCUUGGACCAUGGGAAUCAAGGUUCAGCGUCCUCGAUGUUUUUUUGAUAUUGCCAUUAACAAUCAGCCAGCUGGAAGAGUUGUCUUUGAAUUGUUUUCUGAUGUCUGCCCCAAAACAUGCGAGAACUUCAGGUGUCUUUGUACAGGUGAAAAGGGGACAGGAAAAUCAACUCAGAAGCCAUUACAUUAUAAGAGCUGUCUCUUUCAUAGAGUUGUAAAGGAUUUUAUGGUUCAAGGUGGUGACUUCAGUGAGGGAAAUGGACGAGGUGGAGAAUCUAUUUACGGAGGAUUUUUUGAAGAUGAGAGCUUCGCUGUUAAACACAACAAAGAGUUUCUCUUGUCGAUGGCCAACAGAGGGAAAGAUACAAAUGGCUCACAGUUCUUCAUAACAACGAAGCCAACACCUCAUUUAGAUGGGCAUCAUGUUGUUUUUGGACAAGUGAUCUCUGGUCAAGAAGUUGUGAGAGAGAUAGAAAACCAGAAAACCGAUGCAGCUAGCAAACCAUUUGCUGAGGUACGGAUACUCAGCUGUGGAGAGCUAAUUCCCAAGUCUAAAGCUAAGAAAGAAGAAAAGAAAAGGCGUAAGUCAUCGUCAUCUUCCUCCUCGUCAUCCAGUGACUCCGAUAGCUCCAGUGAUUCUCAGUCCUCUUCUGAUUCUUCUGAUUCUGAAAGUGCUUCUGAAGAGAAGUCAAAGAAAAGGAAAAAGAAACAUCGGAAAAAUUCCCGAAAACAUAAGAAGGAAAAGAAGAAGCGAAAGAAAAGCAAGAAAAGUGCAUCUAGUGAGAGUGAGGCUGAGAAUCUUGAAGUACAGCCUCAAUCUACCGUUCGUCCAGAAGAGAUCCCUCCUAUACCAGAGAACAGAUUCCUAAUGAGAAAAAGUCCUCCUAAAGUGGAUGACAAGGAAAGGAAGAACAGAGAGAGAGAAAGAGAGAGAGAGUGCAACCUACCUAACUCCCAGCCUGCUUCGUAUCAGAGACGACUUUUAGUUACUAGGUCUGGCAGAAAAAUUAAAGGAAGAGGACCAAGGCGUUAUCGAACUCCUUCCAGAUCCAGAUCCAGGGAUCGUUUCAGACGUAGUGAGACUCCUCCACAUUGGAGGCAAGAGAUGCAGAGAGCUCAAAGAAUGAGAGUAUCAAGUGGUGAAAGAUGGAUCAAAGGGGAUAAGAGUGAGUUGAAUGAAAUAAAAGAAAAUCAAAGAAGCCCAAUUAGAGUCAAAGAGAGAAAAGUAAUUGAUCACAGGCAUGUGUCUGAGAGUCCAAACAGAAAAAAUGAAAAGGAAAAGAAAGCUAAAGAACAUAAAUCUAACAGCAAAGAGAGAGACAUCAGAAAAAACUCAGAAAAAGAUGAAAAGUAUAAUAAAAAUAAAGUGAAGAAAAGGGCGAAAUCUAAAAGUAGGAGUAAGAGCAAAGAGAAAUCAAAGAGUAAGGAAAGAGAGUCAAAACAUAAUAGACACGAGGAAAAGAAGGUGAGAUCAAGGAGUAAAGACAGAGAUCAUGAGAUUGUUAAAGAAAAAGAAAAGCAGUCUGAUUCUAAAGGAAAAGACCCAGAAAGGAGUAGAAGCAAAGAGAAGUCUAAACAAUUAGAAUCCAAAAGUAAUGAGCAUGAUCAUAAUAAAAAUAAGGAAAAAGAUAGACGUGCACACUCAAAGAGUAGAGAACGAGAUAUAACUAAGAGUAAACACAGUUACAAUAGCAGAACAAGAGAACGGAGCAGAAGCAAGGACAGGAGCAGAAGAGUGCGAUCCAGAAGCCGGGACAGAGACAGAGAUCGUAGCAGAAGCAAGGAGUACCAUAGAUACAGAGAACAGGAGUACAGGAGAAGAGGGAGGUCACGCAGCCGUGAGAGACGAACUACACCUGGAAGAUCUAGAAGUAAAGACAGGAGGAGGAGGAGGAGAGACUCCCGGAGUUCAGAGAGAGAAGAAAGUCAAAACAGGAACAGAGAAAAAUACAGAAACCAGGAGAGUAAGAGUUCACACAGAAAAGAGAAUUUUGAGGGUGAGAAAAGAAUGUACUCAAAAAAUCGUGAUCAUAAUAGUUCAAAUAACAGGGAAAAAAAAGCUGACAGAGAUCAAAGUCCGUUCUCAAAAAUGAAACAAAGCAGUCAGGACAAUGAAUUAAAGUCUUCUACAUCAAAAACUAAGGAGGAUGACAAGACCAGCUCCUCGGCAGAAAAAGAAUACCAAAAAUCAAAGGGUCAAGAAAAUGAUCAUGUACAUGAUAAAAAUAAAAAAUUUGAUCAUGACUCAAGCCCUGGAACAGAUGAAGACAAAAGUGGAUGAGUGAGUUCUGUAAACUUACUUCAUUUUUUGUCUCAAAUUUUAAGUUUUACAGACUUCCUGGUGAAUCUCCUUUAUGUUUUGUUUUCAUUGUUUUUUGGGUUGUUUAUGUUUGUCUUUUUUUUUUAAUGUGGACUUCAUUAAGUUGAUCUUUUGAUAAUCUGUACCUGGAUAAUUUGUACUGCUAAAGUUUUAAUAAACUUGAAAUGAGAAAAACA